GAUAAAUCAUCAGAGUUAAGGCACUGCUAGAAUUUUACCAACAGCUGUUUUUGAUAUAUCUUUUUAUUACUGAAAAAAAAUAAAAUUAAUGUCUAAUAUUAAUAAAAUAACUAAAUUGACAAUCUAAGUGCAAUGGCUGAUGAAAGUAUAAUACUGCCGCCGCUGGCCUCACUGCCACAAAUUCCGACUGUCAUAUCAGUCAGUUGCAGCUUUACCUUAGCCGUCAUCUAUGUGGGAAGUCUAUAUGUGUGGAGCACCAAGCAUAAUCGCGAUCAUCCGACAACAAUAAAGCGACGCUUCGCCAGCGUCUCCUGUGUCAUGUUAAUGGCGCCGCUUUUUGUUUAUUUCUUCUCAUCACCAGAAUUGCUGCAGCGAGAGCCAUUUCCCAGCCUGCUCGGCUUCCGCUGGCAGGGACUGUGGCAGGCGAUUGUGAUACCAUAUCUGCUCACCGCUCUGUUGUUUUUGGGACCCAUCUUUGUGAACAUGCAGAACGAAUCAUUCCGUUCAUACUUCGACCUGGAAGCCUGGCGUGGCUCUUGUACCAGCAUUAUAUGGAUACGUAACCUUGUGAUGGCACCGCUGAGCGAGGAAUUCGUUUUUCGUGCCUGCAUGAUGCCACUUAUACUGCAAAGCUUCACACCCAUGACUGCCGUAUUUAUAACGCCACUCUUCUUUGGAGUUGCACACCUGCAUCACAUCGCCGAGCGUUUAAGUGUGGGCAUGGAGCUUAGUACCGCAUUGUUCAUCGGGCUGUUCCAAUUCACCUAUACGACGCUGUUUGGUUUCUAUUCGGCAUUCUUAUUUGCCCGCACAGGCCAUUUUGUAGCUCCGCUGCUGGCUCAUGCCUUGUGUAACCAUAUGGGACUGCCCGAUGUACAAGAUCUUUGGCAGCAGAAUUUGUGGCGACGCGUUCUUGCAAUUGGUUUGUAUCUUGUAGGGCUUGCUGGUUGGAUUUACCUGCUGCCCGUUGCAACUGAGCCGUCGCUGUACAGCAAUAAGCUUUACUGGAAUGUUUAGAAACCAAAAAAAGGAGUAGUAUGAUCAUUGUAUUGUUGCCAUAAUCGAGACUUCGGUAUCUCACAGCCCACAUACAUAUAUAUUUAUGUAUAUUAUUAGUUAGUCAUAUCAUAGGAAACCGACUGUACAAUGUUUAGAUAAGUCUUCCGUUAAAUAAACAGUGCUACUAUUUUAAGAACAUGCACAAA